GCUGAUGCCGGCUGAUAUGAAGCGAGGGAACAUGAGUACGUGACGGGUGGGGGAGCGAGACGGCGAUAUAAAAUAAUACUCCUCUCUACGUUAUGUAACGAAUUGAUUGUCCAUUAUACUAGUAACUGACGUCACGUUUUAAUCAUACGACUGUCGAAGAGCAUAUUUAAGAGCGCAACAAAUCAAGUAUAUUUCAAUUAAAUUAUUAUUUUAUUGUAAUAAAAAUCAUAAACCAGUUAAACAUUUAAUAUUAAAGAUAAGCUGAUUAUGAACGGCUUUCAUGAUCGUAAAUAAUUUAAUCAAUUUCUCGAGCAGUUCUACGUGUAUAUAAGAGUGUGAGUCUGUGGCGCCUCAGUAGUGGUGCCUCUAGACAUGAGGGUGUCUGUGGUCGCUGUAGUGUUGUGCUGUCUCGGGGUCGUGGGCUAUGUGUCUGCCCGCCAUCGGACGGACACGUGCUGGGGUGACGCGGAGUGCGCGCGCGGCGACCAGUACUGCUUCUGCUUCAAGACGCAGGGCGCGGCCGCGCAGGGACACUGCGUCUGCAAGAUCGACCCCUCGCACUGGAGACCGCAGCCUGUCCCCUCGUGCUUCGAGGACCUGGACUGCGAGCACCUGGCGUACGGCGCGCAGACCUGCUUCUGCGACAGACAGCAGCAGCGCGUCGGACAGUGCAAGUGCGUCAACGGACUGCUGCGCUAGCACCAGCACGCACCGCGGGGUACUACAGACAGAUAGACGUUACAUAAGAUAACUGAUAAUACUACUUCACCUCCUAUUUACUACUUCUGAUUAAUUUCGUCGCGGGUCCCAAGACAGUAUAUCGUUUUGCUGGGACACACCGAGCUUAAGUUCUGUGUGGAUUUCGUGUGUUUUUAUUGUGGAUCCUGGUUUCCAGAAGUUGCUAUGACGGGCAAGUGUGGCGAAAAAUAAAUAUUACUUACAUCCCCUUAGUCAUACUAUCACCAUCAGAUCACUAUCAAUGUUGUUUGUUAUGUAAAACAGUGCAAAACCUGCAGAACGACAACUUGUAAAACUUUUAAUUUAGUGGACUGUGUAUCCGUAUCUUUUGUAAUAAAA